CUGCGGCUUGAAUAAAGCCUGUUUCUUUCAGUCAACCUUUCCUUCUCGGAAGAACGCCUUUCUUAAUGGUUAAUUGCACUUCCACGUGUGUGCUUGGCGAUUGUGUGGAAGACCGACAAUGAUGUAGCAACCGCAGCAACCCUGCGAUUUCCUGUUGCUUAUUAUGGCUGAUCUGCGUACGUGCACGAGCGCCUUUUGCUGAUUCUACUGCAAAGUUGUCGCGUGGGGAUUGGGAAUCCACGGGGGCUCCUUCUCCGCGGCCCUGAAAAGGAAGUUGGGGCGGCUUAGCCUCCCGAGGAGGCCGCCCUGCCACCCGCUCCAGCGUGUACGCACCGCAGACACACAACAGUCUGCCGUCUGCCUGCCUUUCCCCGCUUGACCUUCCCAACAUGGCGGUGCACCGCCCCUUUGACGCCGGCCGUGGCCACCGCCCGAGCCCCACAGGGGCCUCCGCAGUGGGCGGUGGGGCGGGCCCCGGGGGAGAGCGAAAGGUUGCCUGGGCUGACUUUCAGACCGCGGCAGAAAGAGCCGCUGCAGGCAGGAGAGGCGAGUAACGAGGCCCGUUGGGGACCUUGCUGACGACAACGGCGAGGCGGCGGCGGCGUUUGCCGAGGUGAAGGGAGGUUUUCCUUCCAGUCCUCUCAGUCGGCUCGCUCCAGAGGAGGGAGAGAAGAAGGCACCGAGGAGGAGGAGGAGGAGGAGGAAGGCGGGGAGGCGGACGGAGGGGCAGCUGUUGCCGCUGCCGCCGAGGGAGCUGCGGCCGCCUCCGCACCUGUCUCGGAGCCCCCGCCCCGCAGCCAGAGAGAGAGAGAGAAGGCGACGAGUGGGUGUCGCCGGCGCCAACUUAGCACCUGGCUUCUUCUCCCGCCCUCCUCUCCGCUUCUUCAGUCGGCCGCCCGCCCGCCCGCCUGCCGGCCUCUCGGGGGAGUCCGUGCCGCGGCAGGAGUAGUAGGACCCGCGCGGCGGCGAGGAGGAGCAUUCGCAGCAGUCGGGCCGGGAAGCCGCGCUGCGGGCGGAGCCGCGACCUGUUUCGGAGAGAGAGGGAGUGGGAGAGACACACACAGAGAGGGGUCUUUAAGCCGCUUCUGACACAGUUGCUGCUGGCUUUCUCUCUCUCUCUCUCCUGCCCCUCUCGGGUGAAGAGGGGGAAAACUCUGCAUCAGGAGGAGCUGGUGGCGCGAAGAGGAGCUGGAGCCGCGGCGUGGGCGGCAGGAUGAACCCCAAUGUCACCUACGCUAGCCGUAAGCGGCGGAAACCCGUGCAGAAAAUAGUGAAGCCUUCUGCUCCUGAAGGAGCCAAGUCUAAUCCAUCGAAGAGGCAUAGAGACCGAUUGAAUGCAGAGUUGGAUCGCCUGGCUGGUCUCUUGCCAUUCCCUCAGGAUGUUAUUGCCAAGUUGGAUAAACUGUCUGUGCUUAGGCUCAGUGUUAGCUACCUGAGAGCCAAAAGUUUCUUUGAUGUUGCAUUAAAAUCAUCAAUUUCUGCAAAGCCUGACAGAAAUGGCAUCCAAGACAACUGCAGAACUACAAAACCCGGAGAGAACAUGCAGCUGCUAGAAGGAGAACUGUUACUACAGGCAUUAAAUGGCUUUGUACUGGUGGUCACCUCAGAUGCGCUCAUAUUUUAUGUAUCUUCUACAAUCCAGGAUUACUUGGGUUUCCAGCAGUCUGACAUUAUACAUCAGAGUGUAUUUGAAUUAAUACACACAGAAGACAGACCAGAAUUCCAGCGUCAGCUUCACUGGGCUCUAAAACCUACAGAGUCAACAGAUUCUGGGCAGAUAAUGCAAGGAGAUAAUGGUUUUUCACAGCCAACAACAUAUUAUAACCCUGAACAACUACCUCCGGAAAAUUCUUCAUUUAUGGAACGUAAUUUCAUCUGUAGAUUACGCUGCCUCCUGGAUAAUUCAUCUGGGUUCUUGGCCAUGAAUUUUCAAGGGAGAUUAAAAUUUCUCCAUGGACAGAACCAAAAAGGAAAGGAUGGCACUGCUAUAUCGCCUCAACUGGCUUUGUUUGCAGUGGCUACUCCACUCCAGCCUCCAUCGAUCCUUGAAAUACGUACCAAAAACUUCAUCUUCAGAACUAAGCACAAGCUGGACUUCACACCUAUAGGAUGCGAUGCAAAAGGAAAAAUCGUUUUGGGUUACUCUGAAGCAGAACUCUGCAUGAGGGGAACAGGAUACCAGUUUAUCCAUGCAGCUGAUAUGCUUUAUUGUGCAGAGAAUCAUGUCCGAAUGAUAAAGACUGGAGAGAGUGGUAUGACUGUGUUUAGACUUCUUACCAAAGAAAAUCGAUGGGCCUGGGUUCAAGCAAAUGCACGCUUGGUUUACAAAAAUGGAAGACCAGAUUAUAUCAUUUCCACACACAGACCUCUUACAGAGGAAGAAGGGGCAGAGCAUUUAAGGAAGCGAAACAUGAAGCUGCCCUUCAUGUUUGCUACAGGUGAGGCUGUGUUAUACGAAGUGACGUUUCCUCAGGCUGGCUUAAUGGAUUCUUCUCAGGCAAAGGUUAAAAGUGGCAUUGGAAAAGGAACUGCUUCCAAGGCUACACUGCGCAAAGAAUCUGUUGAUCCCAAUUCGCUUCUGGGUGCAAUGUUGCAGCAGGAUGAAUCUGUGUAUCUCUGCCCACCAGCUUCAAAUAAAAUGUCCUUUGAGAGGAACUUUUUUACAGACAUCCAGGAUGAAUUGGGCAAUGUAAUUGCCAGUGAUUGGCAGAAUAAUAUUUUGCCAGUGGGAAAUAACAGCAUUCUCAAACAGGAGCAGACUGAGUGUACUCAGGAAAGUAACUUGAUCCUUCCUCAAGACAAUGUGGAACUCUUUCAGGAUAACAGAAACAGCGAACUGUACAACAUCAUGAAAUCUCUGGGUGUUGACUUUGAAGAUAUAAAGUGUUUUCAGCAGGAUGAUGAGUUUUUUAAAAAUGAACUUUCUUGUGCAGAUGACAUUAGAGACAUUGACAUAACUGAUGAAAUCUUGAACUAUGUUCAGGAGUCUUUAAAUAAGACGGACGUCUUGUAUUCUGGUUGCCGGCAGCAGCCUUUAAUUCAGACCUCAAGCUGUCUGAUGCAGCAGCAGUUGGAACAGCAGCCACUAGAUCAACAGCUGAAACAAGCAGUGGAACAGCUUCCUCACCAACAGGAGUUGUGCCAGAAGAUGAAACACAUGCAGGUCAAUGGGAUGUUUGCAAACUGGAACUCAGUCAGCAGUAUGCCCCUUAACCCUUCACAGCAACAGACACAAUCAUAUAUGUUUUCUGGCAUGCAAGAAAUAACUCAGGAGUUCCCAUAUAAGUCUGAAGUCAACACCUCAACAUAUGCAUGCAGACAGGAGUUUAUUCCUUACAAGCAGCCCACCAACACGGUGUCACAGCUUUCCGAUUUCACACAUAUAGACUUCCCAGUUGGGAGUUUUGACAGGUCAACCUAUUCAGGUUCAUCUGGCUUGGAGGAUUUUCUGAGUUGUUUGCAGCAGGUUCCUGAAAGCCAGGAUUGUGGAAUGAACUCUCAGCAAGUUAUAGUGACUCCUCAGACAUGCUAUGCGGGUGCUGUGUCAAUGUAUCAGUGUGUAUCUGAAGCUCAGCCAAACUGCAUGGAACAAAUGCAGUAUAAUCCUGUGGUUUCGGGACAGCAACCAAUGUUAAGCAAGUUCCAGAAUAGUUUUAAUGGAGGAAACCUAAAUGAUGCAUAUCUACCACAAUUAGAUGUCGUCAACACGCAACCUGGCACACAUCUUCAGCCCCUUCAUCAUCCAACAGAACCAAGAUCCUUUCCAGAUUUGGCAUCCAGCGGUUUUAUGUAGUUCAUGCCAGAAAUUCUGCAGGAUUAUUAGAUCAGGACUGGAUUAUGAAAUGGAGUUUGAGAAUCAAAUGUGGUUACACUUAUAUUGCAUGCAUAUAGGAUUUGACAUCCAAAACCUAACAUUUGGAGGUGGAAGUUUGAGCUGCAAUCUUGUCCUAAAAAUGUGCACGUGUAAUUUUCAGAGUGAAAAUAUGCAUGUUGCAAUAUUAUGUACUACAUCACAUUGUAGAACAUAAGAUAAGGCAAAUGGUUUUAUGGAAGAUAAAAUGGGCACUUUGACAAUCUUAUUUGGAUUAGCAUCAGAAAAUAUUGUGUUGUGUUGGAUUAUUUUAGGCCUUUCUUUUGGGGACAAAGCCAGAGUUCUAAACAGAGGAGGAAGUGAAGCACUCAAUUUUGUUGCAUACUUACAUCUUUCCUUCAGUUAUUUUAGUGUUUUUUUCAGUUUGUCCUUUCACUUUGCAUUUCAGGUUCUAGCACUUUAUUAAAAGAUUUAAUACAAGUAUUUGAUAUGCAACUUUAGGUUUUGUAUGAUUGAAUUCAUUGCAUUCUUCCAUUCAAUUUAGCCUUAAGUGCCUCACAACGUAGCUACCUUAUUUCUGAAAGGAAGUUAUAGGGGAAGAAAAUAACUAUAAACUAGUCAUCCAUACUUUCUGAUGUUCAGUAGGUUCUCUGAUUUGUUUUUAAAAGCUAGAAACCUUUAAGCAGUGUAUUCUUCCUUUUAUUUAAGUGUAUAUUAUGUUUGCUGCAAUUUCAGUUGAUUGUGUAUGUGCUGAGUCUUAAGGACUGAAACUUGUUUUGUGUUUCAUUGCUUUUCUGUAUUCUUCAGGUAGAACAGGGUAAAAAUAGAUCCUUGUAGGAGAACAUCUCUCAUUUUGGGAUUAGUUUUGAAUUUCAGACACUGAAAAAAACACAUGUGCCUUAUCUUGUGUUACAACACUUGUUGAAUGGUCUUUUUUUAAAAAAAAAGUACAAGGCUGCUCUAUGCAAAUACUUCCAUUAAAACAGCCACAUUUGGAGUACUGUGUAUCAUUCUGGUCACCAUACCUCAAAAAAGGACAUUAUAGAACUGGAGAAGGUGCAGAAGAGGGCAACCAAGAUGAGCAAGGGGCCUAGAGCACCUUCCCUUUCGAGGCAAGGCUACAACACUUGGGGCUUUUUAGUUUGGAAAAAAGAUGACUGUGGGUGACAUGAUAGAGGUCUAUAAAAUUAUGUAUGGUGUGGAAAGAGAGAAAUGAUUCUCCCUCUCUAAUAACACUAGAACCAGGUCAUCCCAUGAAACUGAUUGCCAAGAAAUUUAGGACUGACAAAAGCAAGUACUUUUUCACACAACAUAUAAUUAACCUAUGGAAUUCUCUGCCACAAGAUGUGACAGCUACCAGCCUGGAUGGCUUUAAGAAGGGCUUAGAUAAAUUCAUGGAGAACAAAUCUAUUAAUGGAUUCUAGUCUGAGGACUAGGCCACCUCCAACCUAAGAGACAAGAUGCCCCUAAAUACCAAUUGCAGGGAAGCAAUGAAGGAUGGAGGGCAUGCCCUCAGCUCCCCGGUGAGCCUCUAUGUGAAACAGGAUGCUGGACUAGAUAGGCCUUGGUCCUGAUCCAGCUGGGCUGUUCUUAUGGCUAUUGCAAGAGGUUAAUUUUAAAAACUAGUGGAAAGCAGUGUCUCGGUAGUAAAUAGUACUAAAAUUUACUUUUGUAAAAAUUUCUACACAGAGGGUCAAAUUUUGAUUGGCUGCUGUUUUUCAGUUGUUGCGAUGGGGCGUGGGUCUGCUGGUAUUAAAUAUCCCUUAAUGAUUGCACUCGAAAGGAAAAGGCUAUCUUUCUAUGUGAAUUCACUUUAAAAGUCUUCAUUCAGAAUAUGAAACUGAAAAUUUAUUUUAAUUCAAAUUUAGAGAGAGAUGAUCCUUGUAAUAAAAAGGAUGUUUUAAACUUUGUCUUUAAAAAUGGAAAACCUUUUUGUGUUGGAUUUUUAUUGCCAGGUUUUUAGAACUGUAGACACCAGUGUUUGGUGUUUCAUAGGAGAUAAAUGGGGGGUGGGAGGGAAUGUGUACAUGUUCAAAUAACUGUAUACUCUUCAUGCUGUAUAGUAAAUAUGUAAUAAGCACUAUGUCUUUGUAAAAUAUUUUCAACCAGUUAAUUUUAAAGUGUUACACCAUAUAUUAAAAUGUGUAUUGCAUACAUAUGUAUAAUGUAAAUGACAGUGUAGACUCUUUUUAAAAAAACACAAAUAAACCAGCUACCUUCAGGGUGGUCUUCAAAAUUUUUGAUGAAAAAAAUAAUUUCAGUCAAGUUUUUUUUUUACUUUAAAAAAAUGAAUUGUAGGGGCACAGUUGUCUAGAUAUGGGAAGUGGCCAUUGGUAGUUCGAUUCAUUUUUUGUCACUUGGAAGCUAAAAGCAUGUAUUUGUGGGACUUAUGUUCCUGAUAUUUUUUUAAUCGGUUGGAAGUGUGGUGCAAUUUUGUGUGUUCCAAUUUCUUUAAUUUGUCCUUCUGUAAAAGGUGGCUGGGCAUUUUGUAGGAUUUCAAAAGUAAGAUCUAGAACAGUUGAGUAAAUCAUAACUUUUCAAUCAUGUUAAUGGAUUAAGCCAAAGUGUCCUUUAAGGUAUUUGCAUCUUUGCUUUGGCAGUCACUAAUGGUAUUAAGUUCAGUAACUUUAAUCUUUCCAAAUCUUUAAUGUGCUCUUGUUUGCAAGAGGGUCCUAUAGCAUCUUUUUUGUAAAGUGUUGAAUUUUUUUUUUAAGAGUAACAUUGACAGUCAUACUGUAAAACUAAGGUUCAAAGGGAUAAUGUACAUUAUUAAAUAAAAAUACAAGAAGAAAAACCCAUAGAACACACCAGUUUAAACCUGUGUAUCAUAUCGCUUCUGCUAAACCAAAUAUUAUCGGAUCACUAAGUGCCAAGGAUGCAGUACAAACUGUUGUACUGCCUUAUUAUAAGCUAGUUUAGUUUUGUUAUAUGCAUAAUAUCAGCUUGUUUUCUGCAUUAGCUGUGCCUAUAUACAACAAACCUGUGUAUUGGUGAUGCACUAUUGAUCUACACCAAACUUCUCCUCAAAAGUGAUGAAUUUCUGGAUUUUAUCCCACCUCACACUCCCCCCAAGCAAAUUAAUGCCUAGUUCUAAUCAGUAUUACUACCCAUUUUUGUAGAUUGUCUUGGCUUUUUCUCUGUCUUUCAGUCCCACUUUGUCAUCUAUGUUACGUCAUGCAAUUAAUUCCUUAUGUGUUCGGGUAUAAUUUUAUAGCGCUUUUAAUGACCAGUAAAACUUGUAAAGCAUAAUAUAUGGUAAUAAAAUUUCACCUGAA